AGAUAAGCAGUCAGGGAAAAUGUUUCUGUCUCUGCCCACGCUGACUGUCCUUGUUCCUCUGAUCUCUUUAGCUGGACUGUUUUACUCCGCCUCUGUAGAAGAAAACUUUCCUCAUGGUUGCACCAGCACCAGCAGCCUGUGCUUUUACAGUCUUCUCUUGCCCAUUACCAUCCCAGUGUAUGUGUUCUUCCACCUCUGGACUUGGAUGGGUAUCAAGCUGUUUAGACACAAUUAAUGCUAUCAGAGGCUACCCUGAGAGACUUGAUGUAGGAAAGGCCGUGUGAUUUCCAUUGAAACAGAACAAUUUCUUAUUUUACUCCACUUGGUUCUUAAUAUGCUGGAGUGAUCUCGUUUUCAUAGGGAACUCAGAUUUUCAUCUUUCUCUUAGAAACUCUGGAUUAAAGAAAGUUAAAAUGAGUUUUUCCAUUUCAUCCUUUCCAUAGUUGCAGUGGGGAAGAGAGGAAUCCCUAUAUUUGUUUCAUUAAAAUCCUUCCUUGUUGGACUUAACAACCCUAGUCUUGAUCUGUAGAAAUGCUUGGUUUUUAGUUUUGAUUAUAGUCCACUGAAAGUGAAACAUGUUUACCAAAAGGUUUUUGGAUUAUUUGGGUUAGUAGAUUAAAGGCAAUGGAAGGUAAUGAAUAAAAAUAACAAAUAUUUUCAAA